AUGCGCGCCUUUACCCGAAGUGCUACACCUCGAGCCGCACAAAGUCCACAUGCAGUCCACCUACCAGUGCCAGCAAGGCGCUUCUUGCAAAUAAGACCAACAUUAGCUGCCAUACGCCCUUCGCCCACACUAUCACGGGUGCGCAUACCCUCUGCCGUCCGCUUCGAAUCAAACACCGCCUCUCCUACUUCAACUACCGCACCGGACUCACGACUAGAACGCGACCAAGUCCCAUCCUACGAGCUCACAUUUACUUGCAAUGUCUGCAAAACACGCUCGUCGCAUCGCCUCUCUAAACAGGGCUACCAUCAUGGCACUGUCUUGAUCCAGUGUCCGGGCUGCAAAAACAGACAUCUGAUCAGCGACCAUCUCAAGGUCUUUUCAGACAAAUCCGUCACCAUUGAAGAUCUCAUGCGUGAGAAGGGAAAUCUAGUCAAGAAGGGCUCUUUGAGCGCAGAAGGCGACGUCGAGUUCUGGGACGACGGUACCUCGACUCCUCGCUCCGCACAAUUCCACGCCGAUUCCACGCCCAAAGGCGACAAUCGUCUGUCACAGCAAACAGAGACUCCCAAGCCGCCGAAAGAAUGAACGCUAUGCACUCGAUGCCAGCUCGUACACUGGCUGCCUCACUUCAGCCCUGUAAAUACUGUUUGAAUACCACUAUGAAAAUAAUCCGACAUACUGCGGAGGAUGUUUGUGAUAUCACAUCGGCACAGAAACUCCAUACCCGGGAUAUAAACUAGAAUAUCUCUUCAUCUAGCCCGUCUUAUCAUUUUGGAAAUUGUCAGACUUGAAUCGCUGUUGCGACCCUCAGGAUAUGUGUGGUCAUAUUAAAUACUUCAAAGGCAUCCAGGAGCGCUUCAACAUCUAUGGGUAACUAUAUGUCGUGUCUUGGGCGCUAAGCGU